AUGGCCGAUGAUACGGCUCCCACAGAGGAGGUUCCCAUUACCUUCACUGUCAAGUCAUCGACUGAUGCCAAAUAUACCCUGACCCUUCCGCUCACCACUUUGGUGUCGGAUCUCAAACAGAAGCUUUCCAGCUCUGAAUACGCCGAUACCCCAGCAGAACGUCAGCGAUUGAUCUACUCAGGUCGUGUUCUGAAGGACACUGAGACACUCGAGGCCUAUAAGAUCAAGGAUGGCCACACCAUCCACUUGGUCAAAAGCGCAGCAAGCAAUCAGCCGCGCCAAACCACAGCCGCGCAGCCAAGCUCAACCAGUGCGGCCGCUGGAGCAUCCCCAAACCCGGCGACUGCUGGUGUCCCAACUAAUCUCGCAGCUGGUACUGGCAACAACCCGCUUGCUGGCUUGACUGGUGCACGAUAUGCUGGAUUCGCCCAGCUACCGGGCGCGGGUCUCUUCGGCCCUGAUGGUGGGAUGGGACCUCCACCUGAUACUGAGUCGAUGCUCAACAUGCUCGAGAAUCCUCAAUUCCAAUCUAGUAUCAACGAAGCCCUGCAAAAUCCCGCUAUGAUCGACAUGAUGAUCCAGCAGAAUCCCAUGCUUCGCGAUAUGGGACCCGGCGUUCGGCAAAUGAUGGAAAGCCCAGAAUUUCGCCGUAUGUUGACUGAUCCAAGUUCGAUUCGACAGAUGAUGCAGAUGCAACGAGCUAUGGGGAUGGGUGGGGGACUUGGUGGCGGUGAUAGUGCAUUCCCCGCCCCCGGCGUGACCAACACAACCGCCCAAGAAAACCAAGGUUCCCAGCAACAAAAUCCGCAAUUGAAUCCGUUCGGCGGGCAGAUGCCUCCGAAUCUGUUUGGAAACGCCAAUCCUUUCGGUGCUCUUUUCGGAGCCAGCCCAUUCGCCAACCAAGCCCAGCCUUCCACCACCCCGGGCGCCACUCAAACUGGAGGUGCACAGGGUGCCGAUACUGCGGACCGAUCAACACCUGCCGAGGGACAAACCCCCCAAGCUGCUCAGAACCCUUUUGCAUCCCUUCUGAACCCGGCUAUCUUCGGUAACGCUGGCCAACCCGGCCAGGGUGGUCUCAAUCCAUUCAAUCCCCAGCAGAAUCCGUUCCUCCGCGAUCCAGCACUUCUAUCCCAGAUGAUGCAAGGCAUGGGCGGACAGGGCGCAGAAGGUGGAGCCGCUGGUGCCAACCCUCUGGCAGCUCUACUCGGAGGUGGUGGUCUUGGUGGUCUUGGGGGUGGUUUUGGCGCGCCACCACCGCCUGCUGACACUCGCCCUCCAGAGGAGAGAUAUGCCGAUCAAUUGCGACAGUUGAACGAUAUGGGAUUCUUUGAAUUCGAGCGGAACAUUGAAGCCCUGCGUCGCGCAGGCGGCAGUGUUCAAGGAGCAGUCGAGUACCUCCUUAGCCACCCAUGA